GUCAACCUUUGCAGGGCUAUUUUUAGGUUUCAAAAUAACUAGUGGCUACAAUCUCUUUUUUACUACCAUCUCGUUUCUACUUCUCGCUUGGUCUGUUAUUCGGUCUCUGUUCAAGUUUUAUUAGGGUUAAAGAGUGCGAUAGAUUUGUUCAACGGGAAAAAUGCCCAACUACGAGCGAGUCCCAGAAGCCGAGGAAGAAAGUACGUCUGCCACUCCCCAGCAGCCUCCACAAGAACCCGACACCUCCUCCUCAACCCCUCCUACCCGCGCCCAUGCACCUCUCAUAAGAGGAAACGACGGGGUAUUUGCAAACUUGAGCGCAAAGCCCGAGGUGUCUGCCAAACCAGAAGGCAAGACGUACCAAGAGCUCGAGCCACCUUCGUAUGCGGAAGUUGCGCAUGACCCUGUACCUUCUUACUAUGAGACGACUGUGAUAUCUAGUGGGUUCGCUGAGGACGGGGAAGUGCUUAUUGAGGGUCUGCCCGUAGGAGACUUUUUUACCUUCAUCGUCAACAUGCUCGUAUCCAUGUCAUUUGACUUCAUUGGUUUCCUCCUUACGGCGAUGCUAGCGACUACCCAUGCCGCAAGGGCAGGGUCUCGCUGUGGAUUUGGUAUUACCCUCAUUCGGUAUGGAUUUUAUAUCAAGACUCGGUCGACAGAUGAGAUGAUUCAGUAUGAAAAUGAGACUGAGAAAGAGCGCGAGGAAGUAAAAGUGGAGAAUGAUUGGGUGGCGUAUUUGAUGAUGUUUGUUGGGUUCUUUGUUAUUCUGCGUGCGAAUGCCGACUUUGUUCGCGCAAAGAGAAUGCAGGCAGUCAUUUUGGCUUCUUCGGAAGUGGCACCUGUAUAGAUAUUAUGCCAUCAUAUCUGUUGUUUUGUCGCUGUGUUUUUUUGAUAUUUGAUUUGUGAUUUGUUUUACCUCACCUGCUUUAUGAGUGAUUUUGAUGAAUACAUGAACGUUUGACUAGCA